AUGAAGGCCACUGGUCUCAACAGACCCCAACAUCCGUGCUCGGAGGCACGCUCGCAGCGCUCUGAGGACGUGCAUCUCGUAUCAUUUUACUUCGAGCCCACGCCCACGCCCAUCGAACCCUACCUAAACGAGAUCCGGAAGAUUUGGAAGUCGGUAGGCCCUAACGUCAUCUUUGCAGGUGACGCCAAUGCCAAGAGCGACCUCUGGGGGGGAAAGAUCACGGAUAGAAGGGGGGAAAGCUUAAUGGGAUUAAUCGCAGAAAUGGGGGCAUAUGUGUCGAAUGAAGGCGAAACGCCUACAUUCGACACAUAUAGAGGUGGUAAGAGCUACAGCAGCUUCGUCGACAUUACAUUCCACUCCGCCAACCUUUUAGGAUUGGUGAGGGAAUGGAGGGUCGAGGAGGCACUGACCAGCUCGGACCACAACGCCAUUCUGUUUGAGUUAAAAGAAACCAAAUUGAAAGGGGUAACGAUGGAAAGAACAACGAGGAUCUACAACACAGGGAAGGCGCACUGGACUAAUUUUCGUGAGAAAAUUGGCCAGCUGCUAGAAAGGGAAAAGAUGAGUGCAGAAAGCAUAGAGAAGAUAGUCAAGGAGAAUGAGUUGAACAGGGCGGUUGAGAAGUAUACAGAAAUGAUUAAGAAAGCAUGUGAAGAAAACAUACCAAAGCUAGGAAAGACUAAGAAACUUACCGUACCGUGGUGGACCCAGGAACUGGCAGAAAUGAAGAAACAGGUCAAAACUAAGAAAAGAAGAAUCAGGUGCGCAGCAGCAUCUCGAAGACCGAAAGUGGUAGAAGAAUACCUGAAAAUAAAAGAAGAAUACGAAGUUAAUAUAAAAGACGCAAAAUUAAGAAGUUGGAAAGAAUUUUGUAGUAAACAGGAUAGGGAAGGGAUGUGGGAAGGAAUAUAUAGAGUGAUCAAAAGGACAGAAGUUAGAAAAGAGGAUGUGCCUUUAAUAAAGGAAGGAAAAGUGCUGGGGAUGGAAGAGUCUGCAGAAUUAUUAACGAGAACCUUUUACCCUGAUGAUGACGAGGGCGAAGAUAAACAGGUGCACAAGGAAACAAGGGCAAAAGCGCGGUUGGUGAACGAGGGCCCCGGUGACGACCGUCCGGAGCCUCCGUUCACAGAACAUGAGCUGGGAAUGGUCCUGAGCACAUUUAACCCCAAAAAAGCACCUGGACGAGACGGACUGACCCUGGACAUCUGCAGGGAAGCAAUUAUGGCCGAACCGACACUUUUCCUCGCGCUCAUAAAUAGGUGCCUCACAAUAGGACACUUCCCCACCAUCUGGAAGGAGGCCACCGUGGUGAUACUUCGGAAGCCGGGUAGGACGGACUACACAACUCCGAAGGCGUACCGACCGAUUGGCCUGCUUCCAGUGAUGGGGAAGAUUGCGGAAAAACUCUUUGUGAGAAGAGCAAGCUGGCACAUCAUGCCAAAAUUGAGCGCGAGGCAGUACGGGUUCAUGCCGCAACGUAGCACCGAGGACGCCCUCUAUGACCUGUUGAGCCACAUAAAAAACUCUCUUCGCGAAAAGAAGAUCGCAGUAUUGGUCUCACUCGACAUAGAGGGCGCCUUCGACAGCGCAUGGUGGCCGGCCAUAAGGUGCAGACUGGCGGAGACGGGAUGCCCUAAAAAUUUGAGGAGGGUCUUCGAUGGUUACCUGAAAAAUAGGAAAGUGAAAUUGAGGUACGGGGGGAGCGAGAUAGAGAGGAAUUGUAUGAAAGGUUGCGUGCAAGGAUCCAUAGGGGGCCCAAUACUAUGGAACCUGUUGUUGGACCCCCUACUGCAAGGCCUUGAAAGAAAGGGAGUCUGCGCCCAGGCAUUCGCGGAUGACGUUGUCUUGGUCUUCGACGGCCACACUGCCCGGGAGAUCGAAGGGAAGGCCAACGCAGCCCUCGCCUAUGUUCGGGAGUGGGGCGUCAUGAACAAGCUGAAGUUCGCACCACACAAAACCAAAGCUGUGGUUGUGACUAAGAAGCUGAAGCAUGAUACCCCACGACUGAGCAUGGGCGGGGAGGGCAUUGAGGUGGUGAGAGAGGUGAGGCUUCUCGGACUAAUAAUAGACGAGAGCCUCACCUUCAACACCCACGUCAAAACCAUCUGUGCGAAGGCCCACCGGAUCUUCCACCAGCUGGCAAGAGCGGCAAAAAUUAGCUGGGGCCUCGACACGUCAAUCAUCAGGACCAUCUAUACUGCAGUCAUAGAACCCGUCCUGAUGUAUGCCGCGGGUGCAUGGGGGCAGGCUGCUGAUGGCGCCACGAAAGUACGGGCCUGUAUCUUGGCCAAAACACACAUUCACGCGAUCACACUCACACAAUUCACAACGGACGACCUUUGCAUCAUUUCCAUUCCCGCGAAAAAUUAUAACAUAUACGUAGUCUCGAUUUACAUUGAACCGCGCACAGAUACAAAUAAUAUACUAAAUAAACUAGACCAAUUUUUACACACGCACAACGGCUCACACGUAAUAAUAGGCGGCGAUUUUAACGGAUGGCACAGCACUUGGGGCAGUUCCGCAGACAACCCACGAGGAGCAGAAGUAGCUGACUUCAUAUUAACCCAUGACCUUCAGUUAGGAAACGUAGGCCAAACUCCCACAUUUCAAACGAUUACGCACGGACAGACACGCACCUCUAUUAUAGACUUAACGCUCUAUUCCCCCAAUCUCAUUAGCAAAAUAAACGACUGGCGAGUACACCCGGGACACUUUCCAUCCACACAACACAACCACAUUACAUUCGCAAUUAAUCUUACACAAUCUCCUGCGCUCACCAAAAAUACUUACAGCACAUUCUUAUACCAAACAAACAAAGGCAACUGGCAUUCAUUUAAAGAACACCUCCACACCAAAAUUUUUAAUUCAGGAAUCCUAGACAAAAAUAUAGAGACAUUAACGUCCACACAAUUAGAGCAAACCAUCAUUACCCUCACCGAAAUUAUAAACGAUGCCAGCACCCAAACUUUUCCCAUAAGAAAUAACAGAAUCAAACCCAGGCCUCCGUGGUGGUCGGAUGAAUCCUUGAAAGAGGAAUGCAUCCGACUCCACCGACAAUUGCAUAACUCACGCGGACGCCCUCCCGACCCAAACAUCUUAGAUGAAUACAAAACCCUUAAAGAAAACUACGCAGACAAACUUAAACAGACCUCAACAGAAAGCUUUAGAUCAUUUUGCUCCCUCCAAACAAAAGAAAAUGUCUGGUCACUAACAAACAGACUGCUAAAAUCACGAGGAUUCAACCCACCACCUCAAACGCUACGCAGAAAAAAUAACACGUACACCACCACGGCACAAGAAACCGCGCAGGAAUUGCUUAAACACUUUUACCCAGACGACGGGCCCGACACCGAUCCUACACAUAUUCAUACUCGCGACACGUCAAACAAUAUACCCAACACCCAAGAUGACCCAGAAUUCAGCCAGGAAGAGGUUCUAGAGACCCUCCGUCAAAUGAAUCCCAAUAAGGCUCCAGGCCACGACCACCUUACGAGCGACAUAUGCUCGAUGGUUGCAAGCCAAUAUCCUGGAUUAAUCACUAACAUACUGAACCGAUGUCUUUCACUAGCAUAUUUCCCAAGUACAUGGAAGAAAACCAUUGUAAAAGUCAUCCCUAAACCCUCAAAAACCGACUACACCGAUCUAUCAGCCUAUCGCCCAAUUGGCCUUAUACCAAUAAUUGGCUUUAUACUUGUAUUUGGAAAAACGCUAGAAAAACUCUUUACUAAACGGCUCAUAUACUCGUCACAGCGGCAAAAAACACUCAACACUGAACAAUACGGAUUCACCCAACAAACAGGUACAACACAAGCCAUUCUCUCGAUAAUUAAUAAAGUCAAAGCAGCUAAGCAAAAUCAUCAAGAAGUAUCAGUAGUUUCACUCGAUAUCAAGGCGGCAUUCGACAACGCGUGGUGGCCAGCUAUCCUUAGCGGUCUUAGGGACGGUUCGGCAUGUGGACCCGUUCUGUGGAAUAUUCUGAUCAAUAAAUUACUCAACACCAGAUUUCCGCCCGGGUGCCACCUACAAGCUUUCGCAGAUGACGUAGUGCUGCUGGCCACAGCAUCAGACACAGACACUCUACAACGAAUCACGAACACUUCACUAGAUACCAUCUUUCAAUGGGGCAAAAGCGUUAAAUUAGAAUUCGUCCCAACCAUCACAUACGCCGCGGGAGUUUGGGGCGACUCCGUAAAUAUAAAAACCUACAAAAACAAAAUCCUCUCAUUACAACGAAUGUUUGCAAUUAAAGCCAUCCGCGGAUUCCGUACCAUCUCCCUAAACGCAGCCCUCGCGCUCGCAGAAUUUCUCCCAUUAGAUAUAAAAAUCAAUGAAAUCAAAUGCAUCGAAAAAGCCCGCGUCGAGCACCAAACUAACUUAAUUCCAUCCGACAUCCCCAUUGAGACACCCACACACCCCUCACAACUCUUACACCCCUCGGUUCGCACAGGCAUCAGACACACAACAUAUAAAAACAACCUACACAAACACAUCAAACCCGCGCCUCACAACAUAUACACAGACGGCAGCAAACAAGAGAACGGAGAAACUGGAGCAGCAUUCAUUGUCCACUCGCCUAACACACAUUUAACCAUACACACAUCAAAAACCAAACUCCACCCCACGAGCAGCAUUUUUCAAGCUGAACUCCUCGCCAUUAGAGAAGCAUGCAAAUGGGCAACCAAAAAUAAUAUCAACUGCAUCAUAAAUUCGGACUCACGAUCUGCACUGGCGGCACUAGAACAAUCAUCCAAUACCCACCCAAUAGUUAGCAGCAUACACCGGAUAUUACACCAUAACAAGCACACACAGAUACUUUUCAAAUGGGUUCGAGCCCAUACCGGUAUUGUAGGUAACGAGGAAGCAGAUGCCGCUGCUAAAGCAGCUUCUAAAGCCCAUAAGGCUCCUGAUUUCAUUAGUUGCCCCUUAUCUUAUAUAAAACACAUCGCACGCUUAAAUUCUUACACCACUUGGGAAAAGAGGUACUUGGAGGAGCCCACGGGGGCAAGAACCAGACGACAAAUGCCCCUGUGA